UUUGGCACUGGCACGUGUAUUGACAGCAAUCAUGUUGACGGAGUGGAAACAAUAAUGAUUAGAUCUUGACCAAGCCAAUACGUCUUCUCGUACUGAUACUGACUUUGGUUAUAAUAAUAAUGGCCCACUCGUCUUCUGGAAGGCCCGAACGUCAGGCCCCUCCUGAAAUCUUUUAUGGUGAAGAAGAGGCUAGAAAAUACACCUCAAAUACUCGUAUGAUAGAAAUUCAGAGCCAACUGUCAGAAAGAGCUAUAGAGUUACUACAGUUACCAGCGGAUCAGCCAUGUUUUAUUUUGGAUGUAGGAUGUGGCUCUGGGUUAAGUGGAGAGACAUUAACAGAGCAAGGUCAUUUCUGGGUUGGAGUGGACAUCAGCCCUCACAUGUUGGAUGUUGCCAGAGAGAGAGAGACUGAAGGAGACCUUGUUUUGGGAGACAUGGGAUACGGCAUGCCCUUCAAACCAGGGACAUUUGAUGGCGUCAUCAGUAUAUCUGCCCUGCAAUGGCUUUGUAAUGCUGACAAAUCCUUUCAUCAUCCACCAAAGCGUCUUCUAAAGUUCUUCAGUUCACUCUAUGCCUGUAUGAGUAGAGGAAGUCGUGCUGUGUUCCAGCUUUACCCUGAAAACAGUUCACAGUUGGAGCUGAUUACACAACAGUCUAUGAAGGCAGGUUUUACAGGCGGUUUGGUGGUGGACUAUCCUAACAGUACUAAGGCCAAAAAGAUAUUUCUGUGUUUGUUUGCUGGAGGACAACCACAACAGUUACCUAAGGGAUUAGGAACAGAAGUGGGAAACAGUCAGGGGCAACAGAUUGACUUCAACACAAAAAGGGAGAGGAUGAAGAAGAUACGAGGUGCUAAAUCUGCAAAGGGAAGCAGAGAUUGGAUCCUGGAGAAGAAAGAACGUCGCCGCAGACAGGGGAGAGAAGUACGUCCAGAUACAAAAUACACAGGAAGGAAGAGGAAGGUCACGUUUUAAAACUUUGUUAUUUUAACUGAAUAUUUCUGCAUACAUGUAUCCCGUUUAAUUGUUAUUAAAUUCUCCCUUUUAAAAUCGA